GUGCGAUUCUUAUGAUCCGGUUAACCGCCCGCGUCACUUAGUUUUCACGAGCAUUUAAUGUCAACCACGACGAAGAAAUGCCUGGAGAAAUAAACCUCUAGUUACACCAUAUGAUAUCUUUUGGCCCCGCGCAGGAGUCCUCGCUCAAAAUGGAGGUGCAGAGCGUAAGCAGUGAGGUUAAUGGGCAUCAGAUCAUGGAUGAGCCAAUGGAGGAGGAGUCCUACACACACUGUGAUGAGGGAGCUUAUAAAGAGAUUCCCAUCACUCAUCAUGUGAAGGAGGGCUGCGAGAAGGCCGAUCCCAGCCAGUUUGAGCUGCUCAAGGUUUUGGGACAAGGCUCCUUUGGGAAGGUGUUUUUGGUGCGGAAGUUGAUGGGUCCAGAUGCCGGCCAGCUUUAUGCAAUGAAGGUGCUCAAAAAGGCAUCUUUAAAAGUGAGGGACAGAGUUCGCACUAAAAUGGAGAGAGAUAUUUUGGUGGAGGUCAAUCAUCCUUUUAUUGUGAAGUUGCACUAUGCCUUUCAGACAGAAGGGAAACUCUAUUUAAUUUUGGAUUUUCUCAGGGGUGGGGAUGUAUUUACUCGUUUAUCCAAAGAGGUUAUGUUUACAGAGGAGGAUGUGAAAUUCUACCUUGCAGAGCUGGCCCUUGCAUUGGAUCAUCUACACAACCUAGGCAUUGUUUACAGAGACCUGAAGCCUGAAAACAUUUUGCUUGAUGAAGCUGGACAUAUCAAGUUAACAGACUUUGGGCUCAGUAAAGAAUCCGUAGAUCAGGACAAAAAAGCGUACUCUUUCUGUGGCACUGUGGAAUAUAUGGCCCCUGAGGUGGUCAACAGGAGAGGUCACACACAGAGUGCUGACUGGUGGUCUCUCGGUGUCUUAAUGUUUGAAAUGCUGACCGGCACAUUACCUUUCCAAGGAAAAGACAGGAAUGAGACUAUGAACAUGAUUCUUAAAGCAAAGCUGGGAAUGCCACAGUUUUUAAGUUUGGAAGCACAAAGUCUUUUACGAAUGCUUUUCAAAAGAAACCCAUCAAAUCGUUUAGGAGCGGGUCCGGACGGCGUGGAAGAGAUCAAACGACACACGUUUUUCUCCACCAUUGACUGGAAUAAGUUGUACCGAAGAGAACUUCAGCCUCCAUUCAAACCUGCUUCAGGGAAACCAGAUGACACUUUCUGCUUCGACCCAGAAUUCACAGCCAAAACUCCCAAAGACUCUCCAGGCAUUCCCCCCAGUGCAAACGCUCACCAACUCUUUAAAGGCUUCAGUUUUGUAGCCCCAGUCUCCCUGGAGGAAAGUAAAAGUGCGCCACUAGUCAACAUUCUCCCCAUAGUGCAGGUGCAUGGCAGCUCAGCUCAGUUUUCAGACGUGUACGAGCUGAAGGAGGACAUCGGUGUGGGUUCAUACUCGAUAUGUAAACGCUGCAUACACAGGGUCACUGCCAUGGAGUUUGCUGUAAAGAUUAUUGACAAAAGCAAGCGAGACCCAUCGGAGGAGAUUGAGAUCCUGAUGCGGUAUGGACAGCAUCCCAACAUCAUCACACUGAAAGACGUGUAUGACGAGGGCCGUUUCGUGUAUUUGGUGACGGAGCUCAUGAAGGGCGGUGAGCUGCUGGAUAAGAUCCUCAGGCAGAAGUUCUUCUCAGAGCGAGAGGCCAGCGCUGUGCUCUACACCAUCACCAAAACUGUGGAUUACCUGCACUGCCAGGGGGUUGUACAUCGGGACCUAAAGCCCAGCAACAUCCUCUACAUGGACGAUUCGGGAAACCCCGACUCCAUACGCAUCUGUGACUUCGGCUUUGCCAAGCAGCUAAGAGGAGAUAACGGACUCCUGCUCACACCCUGUUAUACCGCCAACUUUGUGGCUCCUGAAGUGCUGAUGCGGCAGGGUUAUGACGCCGCCUGUGAUAUCUGGAGUCUGGGAGUGCUACUCUACACUAUGCUGGCGGGGUACACACCCUUCGCCAACGGACCUAAUGACACGCCAGAGGAGAUUCUGUUACGAAUCGGCAGUGGGAAAUUCUCCCUGAGUGGAGGAAACUGGGAUUCUGUGUCAGAUUCCUCAAAGGACUUGCUGUCUCAUAUGCUGCAUGUGGACCCUCAUCACCGAUACACCGCAGAACAGGUACUCAAACACUCGUGGAUCGCCUGCCGGGACCAGAACCCACACUUUCAACUCACACGCCAUGAAGCACCUCAUUUGGUUAAGGGAGCGAUGGCCGCUACAUACUCUGCACUGAACCACAAGACGUGUAAGCCGGUUCUGGAACCCGUAGCUGCCUCCAGUCUAGCUCAGCGCAGGAACAUGAAGAAGCUGACAUCUACAGACAUGUCGUGAAGAGCCUGACGUCUCAAACAGUGGCAUUUUCUCCAGUUCUUGUACGUGACGCUUCAGGGAGUGCAGGCAUUUCAAAGGAAAUGCAUGAAAGCCCUUCUGUUUCUCUCCGGUAGAGUGAAAAAAAACACCAGCUCCAUCUUUCCAUCGUGUCUGAAGUGUUUCACACAUUAGCCGAAUGUUGGAAUGUCCUUUCCCCCUCUGCACCUGGUGGAAACCCAAAUCUCGUUGAGGUCGUCUAGUUUGCUGGUAGCCUGUUUUUAGGACAAUCCAACGCAAGAAUCAAGCCCGUUUCUCACUGCGGUUCUGUAAAUCCUCCACGACUUCUGAAUACAUUACUGUUGAAACGAUGUCUAGGUGUCUAGAGAACUGUUACUUGUCCUAAAAACAGGCUUGGAUCGAUGACUUGCACGUUUCUCAGCUGUUUAUCCACUUGUUGUCCUGUUAGUGUUGCGAACCACAUGGCAUUACCUCAGAAGCACUCAGUGUUACGCGUUUCUUUAGCUUGAUGUGUAUAUAUAAAGUCAUUCAUCAUGUUUGUGUGGAACCUUGAGCACAUUUGCACUGAGGCUUGGCAGGUCGUUGCUUCUGCGAGACGUUUCCUCUCCCUCCAUCUGUUCCUGUCUCAGACCGCUCUUUGCCUUUUGUUGAAUGGGAGGUACACGAGCAAAGGGUGAAGAAAUAAAUCUAUAUUUAUAAAAUCGAAUGAGGUGAAUGAAUGUAGAUGAGACUGAAUCCAUGAAAUCACAUCUCUCUCUCUCUCUCUCUCUGCUCUGGAUGGAGGGCGGGAAAAAAAUGAUUCCAUAAAACUUUUUAAAGACAUUGUGGAAAUUGUAUCAUAUUGUAUUUAUUUCACUUAUUUUUAAGAUUUUAUUUUUCUUUCAGGUGAUGUACAUAUUGACAUUAAAGAACAUUAUUGACAUGA